AUGUCCGACGCGCAGCAUGUGCAGGGAUAUCGCAUCAGGGGCCGCUAUCCGUACCAGUCUGUGCUUACUUGGCUUGUGCAUAAACCAGAGCAGCAAUCCGCCAUGGCUGAUCUGUCGAUGAUGGAAAAGAGCUGGGAGGAGCUCCCCAACCCCAAGAGAGUAUGGAUUGGCGAGCCAGGCUCGCGCGAGGAGGGUCUGGGACGACUGGUUCUCCUCACCAAGGAAAGAGUGCUGGCCGCGGCCAAGGAUGAGAUUCAGCAGGGCAUCCGUGUCAACCUGGGUUGGGACCUGAACAAGCUGGAGUUCGCCUGCUUCAACCGUCAGCCGUGCAAGCUGGAGAUGGUCCCGCUGCUAGAUGGCGUUGCUUUUGACGACAUUUACACACUCAACCCUCAGCAAUCGUCGCAAUGGGACGGGUUGAGACACUUCUCCCAGCCACUCGAGGAGGGCCCUUCCGAGAGAGUCUUUUACGGCGGCUGCACCAAGGAAGAAAUCCUCGAUCCCGCGUGUGACAGGAUUGGCAUCCAGCACUGGGCACAGGAGGGAAUCACUGGCCGUGGCGUCCUCAUCGACUACGUCUCCUACGCUGAGAGGAAGAGCAUCGAAUACUCGACCUUUUCUCUGCACACAAUCAAGCUGUCUGAAAUUCUGGACAUUGCCCGCGAAUGCAACAUCGAGUUCCGACGCGGCGACAUGCUCUUUGUCCGGAUCGGCGUCACCAAGGAGUGGGAGCAGCGCAUGACCCGGGAGGCGAAACAAACCUACGCCGCGAGCACCAGCCCCCAGCACGCCGGUGUUGAGGGCACCCUGGACAUGCUCCAGUGGCUCUGGGACACGGGCUUCGCGGCCGUCGCCGGCGACGCCAUCAGCUUCGAGGUCUACCCGCCCCAGGCCGGCGGGGUCUUUCUGCACGAGUACAUGCUGGCAGGCUGGGGAAUGCCCAUUGGCGAGUUGUUUGACCUCGAGAGGCUGGCGCAGAUCUGUCAGGAGCUCGGCCGCUGGUCCUUUUUUGUUUCAUCUUCGCCGUUUAAUAUGCUGGGUGGUAUCUCGUCUCCACCAAACGCUCAGGCUGUAUUCUAG